CUCGCCAAACCCCUGCCCUUCGUAGCACUAGCACAACGCAGACGCUUCGAUUGAUUGUCUUGUCAGAUUUCGCAUCGAUCGAGCUAAUUUUUCCUACGUGUAUAAGCCUGGAAAUGGACGCCGACAGCCUUCUCAUGGCGACUGAGCUCAGGCUGGGCCUGCCGGGCACGCUCUCGCAGAAGGCCACAGCCUUCUCGCCGCCGGCCACUCCUAGGGGCAAGAAGCGGGCCGUCGACGCCUUCGAGGACACCACCGCCGAGGAAGCCCACGACGGCAAGGCCCAUGACGUCGAGGCCGCACCGCCGGUCGCCAAGGCGCAAGUGGUAGGAUGGCCACCGGUGAGGUCCUACAGGAAGAGCUGCUUCCAGGCAGCAGCAGCAGCAGCGAGCAAGAGCAAGGCCAAGAAAGCCGAAGAGGCCAACAACAGCAGCAACACGCAGUCUCCAGCUGCGGCGCCUGCAGCUGCAGCAGCGGUGGCAAGCACCAAUAACGGCUCCUUCGUCAAAGUCAGCAUGGACGGAGCGCCCUACCUGAGGAAGAUCGACCUCAAGAUGUACAAGGGCUACAGGGAGCUCAGGGAGGCCCUGGAGGCCAUGUUCGUCUGCUUCUCAGGCGCCGACGGCGCCAGUCCCAACGCCAACCCGGCCGAGUACGCCAUCACCUACGAGGACAAGGACGGCGACCUCAUGCUUGUCGGAGAUGUGCCCUUCGAUAUGUUCAGUGGUACCUGCAAGAAGUUGAGGAUCAUCAAGAGAUCUGAAGCCACAGGCCUCGGAUCCAAAUGAAGACACGUUUGAGAUCGGAGCAAGAUGAUGAUAUCAUGAGUUCUUCUUUUUUUCUUCUUUCUUUUCUGGUUUAUACUUUUUGUUCUUCGAUCUGGGUUCGAUCCCCAAGCCAAAGGAGAUGAGCUUGGUGCAUCAGAGUGCGCACAUGGAUGUGUGCCUUUGUUUGGGUCCUUAAAAGUAGGCCUUUUUUUAGAAGCACAAAGGAGAUGUGGAGAUUUGGGUUAAACUCUCCAUGUGUUUGUACAAACGAAACAGUUAUAUUAAUUGUUCAUUACUUAUGAUCCUGCAUGAUGCUACAAGGGAGGGAAGAAGAAGUGGCUUCUUUCCCUUGGAUUCCCCCACGGCUUUGCUUUUGUAUUCAGUUGUCAAGUCUCUGUAUCAUCAAUCUUUUCCUAUUAAUGUUGUUGGUUUGUUUGUGAGGGUA